AUGAGUGACCAUAAAGAUGUACAACAUGUUCUUCAUACUGUUAAAUUGGACAUCACCUUGAACUUGAUGAACAACGAAGUAAAAGCAACAGGUAAUGGAAGAAGAGACGAUCUUCAGGUAGAAAUAAGAGGCGAAGACAAGCCACAAGAUACUAUCCAAAAUGAUCGUGCAUUAAGGGCUAGGUAUGAAAAACACAAAAGAGAAUACUACGACAUGUCAAAAAAACCAAAAGGAAAAGUGCUUGUUAUAAAUAAUGACUUUAGCGAUGAUCCUGAACUAAAUAGAAAAAGGGGUUCGGAACAGGAUGUGAAAAAUCUUCAGCAAGCCUUUCAAAAGCUGGGAGGCAAAAGGUAUGGAUCUAAAGUCCAUGUUGAGCAACGUCGAAAUUUAUCAGCAGAAGAGAUCAAAGAUCAUCUUCAAUUGUUUAUAAAACACGCAAAACGAACAGAGACGAAAGAGAGACCAUCUUUUAUGGCGAUUGUUAUAAUGUCUCAUGGAACUGGAUCAGAGGGCGGAGAGGAUAUGGUCUGUGGCGAUGACGGCACUUGGUGUAACGUCAGUGCAGUGGCGUAG